AUGAGUGAUGGAAUGGCAUAUGCUUUCACCUUAAAGAUAACAGACUCUAGCAGUGUAAGCUUAAGCGUUGACUUGUCUGUCUCGAUUUACUUAGGAGCAUCUUGCUCAGGAGCGUUCGCUGUGUCGCCAACAACUGGAAUGGCUUUAAUUGAUGCUUUUACAAUUUCAAUAAGUGGCUGCGUUGAUCGUGAUGAUGAGGACUAUCCACUUCUUUACACGUGCAAGUACUCUCCAUCUGGAUCAAACUCGAAAUACACUAUAGGAUCUACCACUGAAGAAAGUCAAAUUUCAUCCAAACUGUCUUCAGGCGAGCAGGUUAUUUAA